UAAUGUAUUUGUUUCUUUUAUUUCUGUGAUAUAUUUUAACAACUUUAUCAUAAGCUUAGGACUGAAUUAUAGUUUAUGCAUAGUAUAUUUCCCUAAAAUAAGGACAUUAAGCAGAUUCAUUUGUACUUUUCUUCCCGCAUUAUAUAUUGUUAAGUCUCUACAAUAAUGUCAAGAUACAAUGUCAUGUCUUCAAAUCCUUCCACAAGGAAUUCCAUCUUAUGGUUAAAUGAUAAUAAGAACCUGCCAGUAAAGAAGGAAUUAUGUUCAGGGUUUGCCAAUAAACAUGAAACCUAUAGAUAUAACGACAUGAUGGUGGGUGGAUUUUAUUUAGCUAUUGCCUGUAUAAUCAGUGCUACUGCAGCAGUUAAAGAGUAUCCAUAUGAAACAGAUGAAAGUGAAAAUAUGGGUUUGUAUGAUGCUUUGAAUAUGCUGACCGACCUUCAGUCCCUCAUCGAGACUGAACUUGAUAAGAAGAGUGGUGGAUAUCAGAUCAAGAAGAACACUGAGGAUUAUGAGGAUGAUGAAGAACUAUUGGAAGACCAGGACCGUGCUAGACAUCAAUAUGGAAAUAGGCAGCCGAUUACCAUGAAGAGGGCCAGUUUAGAUUCCGCUUGCUCUUGCAAUCCCAGAACCUCACGAGACAACAAGCCAAAUAUCAUGAAGCUCCUUGGGAAGCAGUUUCAAGAGCGUCUUAGCAAGCUGAGGGAGAAAGAAGAGUCUCCUAGCUUCUACAAUAAUAUGCUUUUCAGACCAUCCUCGGCUAAAACUGAGCAUUUGAUCAACUCAGUCGGGAAGUGAUUCAAAAACAAAAGAUAUGUAACCCUGCUUACUGACAAAAAAUAGUUCCUUUUCUGUUUCUCCUGUUUCCAACAUAUUUGAUACUAGCUGCACCCUCUGUUUCUCCUGUUUCCAAUAUAUUUGAUACUAGCUGCACCUGUUUGUAUAGUUAUAAAAACAAUAUAAUAAGAUAUUAUUCUGCAAUCAAAAGAA